UAUGAUAUAGAAAAUAAAACUGACGAGUAAAUCUCAGACCACUAAUAUUGACAUGCGUAACCGAUAAAGUUUUCGCGCCAAUUUCGUAUUCUAUUUAUCAGUUUAUUAAUAUUUGCAAUAAGUGUCCGCAAUAAGUAUAUUAAUUAAAAAUGAAAUUCAGAUGCAGAAUGGUGGAUCAGAACAUUAUGCGGGAUUUUACGAGUAAAAUCAUAUUUUCAUAUAUUUCUAACCUUCUUGAAAAUGUUAUUAAAAAUAUUGUUAAUACUAUAUCUCGAAUGGCGAAAUACUGUGUUCUGCGAUUAACACCAGACGAAUUAUGUUUCAAUAUCGGCGACGAGCGAAUACCUGUGCUUUGGGCUAUACUUUCUCCACAAUAUCUUUUUUCGGAGUACAUUAUGAGCGGAGUAUCGGAGCAGGAAAAUGAAAUUUAUUUAGAGUUUGAUGCUUCCAUGUUUGCCAGAAGCUUAAAUAGUUUAAGGAUAAUGGCAAAGAGUGUCAAAAUUAAAUUGACAAACAAGCGGCAACCAUGUCUCACAUUUGAUAUUGACUUAUCUUCCCUGUCUAUUGAUUCACGACAAUGUAUACAUGAUGUGCCGGUGAGGCUUGUACCACGUAAAGAAUGGUUAGAACAUAAAAUGCCAGAUAUUCCUGAAUUUGAUAUAUCGUUAGAAAUACCACACUUGAAGUAUCUACGAUGUAUUGUAGAUAGAAUGAAAAAUAUGAGUUCACAACUCAUAAUAAGUGCCAAUAAAUGCGGUACAAUUAUAUUAAAAAUUGAAAUGGACUAUGCUACUGUAUCCACUCACUUUAAAGGAUUGCAAGUUUGGGAAAGCAGAGAACAAGAAUCUAAUGAUAUCUCUACGACUGUGAGCAUAAAGAAAUUUGCAAUGUUUUUGGGUUGGGACAUUCUCCACCCAGAUAGUGUCAAAUGUAAUUUAUUGCAGGAGAAAAUGGUAAAACUGACCUUAGAUGUAGGAGAAUAUAUUCAAAUGCAUUAUUUUAUACCAGCUAUUGCCUCCUGAAUAAAAUGAAAAGAACUUAAAUCUGUAAUAAUAUUGAAAUGCAAAAUAUAUAUUUUUCAAUUUUUUUUUCAUUUUUACAUUUAAUACAUUUAUAUCAUAUUCACUCACACUCUUCACUCCCCGAUAAAUGGGAUAACAUGGUAUGUUAGAUUCAAAAAAUAAUUUUUAUAAAUUUAAAAAG